AUGCUCGCCAAUUGGUGGACCCGUAUCUCAUCCGAAGCCAAUGAUCGUGUCAAAAGGGCGCUGCUUCUGGAUGCUCCACCUGGCAAUAAGGUUGUGCUUUUCGAUUCGCUCCUCCACCCUUACGGUGACAAGAUCCUGAGCCCAUUAUUGGAGCUACCAUUUUGUCGCCCCAGCUUAGUUACCAGCUACGGCAAUGGAUGCCUGGACUAUCUCAAGGCCCUAAAUGUUGGGCUGCCGAUCCCGCCCGCCACGGUUUUGACAAGGGAACUUCUGGAUGUGACAGUUUCAAGUGGGGUCAGCUGA